ACCACCGAGAGAUGGCUAUGCUCAGGAGCUAUUAAAACAGCGUUUCCGAACGCUUUGUGCUACGUUUUACGCUCCUCUACUUAGCAAAUACAGGCUUUGGCACAACUCCCAACCCUCUCGGAGUCUGUAUUUUUGUGAAAACCCUAGGAUUUCCAAUUCCGUAACCCAGUUUCCCAGGCAAACAAACCUCUGCUGUCAUCAGUGCCAAGCGAUGAGAACCAGGUUACCAUGAGUCGCGCAAUUCGCUCGCUCUGAAGUGUUCAAGCGUUCACAAUGAGUGCCGAAACUCGUUACAUACAGUUCAACGCCCAAAUGCCAGUUUUGAAUGAAGGACCAGUAUGCCCGGAUUUCACCGACGCUUUCGGGCGACAAAUCGCUGGUUUCAAAUGUCCCGUCAUGAGCGGUGCGCGCGUAUUCUGUUGCGGUCAGAGCACUCAACCUCUCUGCUGCAAGGAGUUUAUUGGGAAGACGCCCGAUCACCUUAAGAACACGGACGCCGAGGCGCUCCUUCUCCUAAUCGGAGGCGUGGUGUCUUGCGUAUUAUUCCUCACCACGAUAAUCGUCGCGUCCUGCGUCAUCUGCAAACGUCGAAAUCAUACGCGUCACAAACGCGCCCGUUCUCAUGGAGGAAAUGUCAUCAACUUAGAAGACCUUUCGGACGAGGAUCUUCAUACUCGGUUAGAGCGGCCACCGACAUAUUCGAGAAGUACCGCAAUGACGGUUGCCGCCGAUAUGUACUGUCCGGACCAGUCAGGCAGCGACUCUAUAACCAUCGAACCCGCGCCUUCGUACGCUGCCGCCAUGGCACGAGAGAUGGGGGAACCUCCUCCGAUCCUGCAUCAAGGUCAUGUCGGGCCGUCUAAUGUGAAUUUCAACGGAAUGUACGUGGAACCACCGCCACCAUACCAAGAAUACCCGGAACCAAACUCGAGAAUAAUCGUCUGCCGUCACGGCGGGACGUUGGAAAGCCACAAUACAGAUCUCACCGUCAGAUUUCAAUACUAG